AGCCUGGAAGUUUAAGAGAUAACAGCCAAUAAAACUAGUCGGCAACGAUUAAUGAAUGAACACUCAACGGAAAACCAAUUAAUUAAUUAGUUUAUGAGGUGAGUGCUUCUGUAAUGUGUUGCAAACAAAGGUAGAAUUUGAGAGGCCAUUGACUUUUCGAACAAUAUUUUACUAAAAAAGUCGCCGUCCCAUUUCAAAGGGGGGGACUUGUUUUAAAAGAAAAGGGAGUUAAUUACUAAAGGGUUUAACAUCCAAGUUGGAGGGAAACACUUAUAAAUAGGGGCAGCCCUUUCCUUUCUAAACCCAUCAGCAUAAACUACUACUCUCUGAUCAACUUCAUUACCUUAAGCUAUCUCUCUCUCUUCUAAUGGCAAUUCCAGUCAUUGAUUUCUCAAAGCUUGAUGGAGAAGAAAGGGCCAAGACAUUGAAUCAGAUAGCUAAUGGCUGUGAAGAAUGGGGAUUCUUUCAGCUGGUGAACCAUGGGAUUCCUGAAGAGCUCCUAGAGAGGGUAAAGAGGGUUUGUUCAGAGUGUUACAAGCUGGAAAGAGAAGAAAGUUUCAAGAGUUCAAAACCUGUGAAGCUCCUGAAUGAUUUGCUGGAAAACAAGAGCGGUGAGAAGCUGGAAAAUCUUGAUUGGGAAGAUGUCUUCCUUCUCCAUGAUAACAACGAAUGGCCCUCCAACAUUCCUGGAUUCAAGGAAACCAUGGCAAAGUACAGAUCGGAGCUGAAGAAGCUAGCCGAAAAGGUGAUGGCAUUGAUGGAUGAGAACUUAGGUUUACCUGAAGGAUACAUUAAGGCUGCCUUCAAUGGUGGCGAAGGGCUGGAAAAGGCCUUCUUUGGCACCAAAGUCAGCCACUAUCCACCAUGCCCAUACCCAGAGCUGGUGAAUGGCCUUCGUGCCCACACCGAUGCUGGCGGUGUCAUCUUGCUCUUCCAAGAUGACCAGGUGGGAGGCCUUCAAAUCCUGAAAGACGGGCAGUGGAUAGAUGUCCAGCCAUUACACAACUCCAUAGUCAUUAACACAGGUGAUCAGAUUGAGGUCCUGAGCAAUGGGAAAUACAAGAGUGUUUGGCACCGGAUUUUGGCCACCCCAAAUGGGAACAGGAGAUCAAUUGCUUCGUUCUACAACCCAUCACUGGAAGCCACCAUAGCCCCUGCAGCACAGUUGGUGGAUAAAGCAAACCAGGAGGUGGAAGAAGGAUAUCCUAAGUUUGUGUUUGGAGACUACAUGUCGGUUUAUGCUGAGCAGAAGUUCCUCCCAAAGGAACCAAGGUUUCAAGCUGUCAGGGCAGUGUGAGGGCAUGAAUCAAAGGGAGUUACUGUUACAUUUCACUCUCUUGAUGGCCUUUCAUUCAAGGGUUUUCAUGCAGUAGUGACAAAAUUUGAAUAAUGCAACUUUUUCUUUCCACACCCCUUCCCCCCUCACAAAAAGGAACAAAAAAAAAAAAAAGAAAAAAAAGAACCACUCUCCCUUUGGGGGUUGUGUGUGUUUGCUUUAGUAAUUUGCUGUUGUUUUUCCAUUUGUUGUUGUAAGGUAUGGAAUGUGUCCUAAGGACCAAUAUUUAGUAUUGCUUUUCACUAUUAUAUUUUAAGAUUGAAUAAUUUUUGUUAUUUGUAUGCUUGCCAACUUCAGCAUACCUCAUUAUAAUAUCAACUUAAAAGAUUAGAUGUUUAAACCUACCAGUAGACCUGAAUCCAUGUAUUUACCUAAAAC